AAUCGCAGACUUUUUACUAAUUGCAUGGAAUGUUUAAACUGCGAGCUGAAGCAGCGCCAGUUCUACUGCGAGAACUGUCUCAAGCAACAUCUGCUCUCGCUUCGAUUGCAAACCAAACAUGCAGCCACAGAUAGGGAUGCGCACAUUUUAUCAGCACGGCGUGCGCUAGAGACAAUCGUGGAUCCUGCACGGAGAAGAAGGGCUGACCUCAAGUGCACCGAGGAGCGCGUCCAGGAGAUAUGGACUGCGGUGGAUAGUCUGCGGAAGAAGAAUGAGAAGACUCGUGAGGGAGUUCGUGCGCUUCGAAGCACCUUGGCCGCCCGUCGACGUACUCUCGUUCUUGCCAACUCAAUGUUCCAGCAGUCGCAUAGUGUGACGCAUCCCUCGACCAAUUCUCUAGCCACAGUCUCGACUUCUCCUCCUCACGGAUACUCCCCGUCCCCUCCUGGAUCGUAUCCGAUCUCGACACCCUCUGUAUCUCAGUCCUUGUUAGCGCGACCUGUCGUCCCUCGGCGAGGUUCCUCGGGUUAUUCCGUCUCGUCGCAAUCCUCCGCUGCCGCUACACCGACCACAACUCCACGUCAAUCGCGCUCCACGCUUCCUUUCACUUCAGCUAUCUCAUCACCAUCAUCGCAUACCGUGAGGUCAACACCAACCUCCCCUCAAAUGGGCCGCAACUCAUUGUUGGCACCCAGCAUGUCUUCGCCACAUUCGUUCGCGCACUCCCGUUCCGCACAGCACGGUGCAGGAAUGGACUCGAUGGUACGGCAAAUUGACGAUGCGACGUUUCAGCUUGCCGCUCUCGCUGAUACGUUGGCACGUGCGAGGUCAGGACUAGUACAGGAGUUAGUAGAAGUCUUCAGUGUAGUUGAGGUUGGCGGCCGACCCCCACUCGGUGGCAAAGCUGGUACAAAGGGUGAAUGGACCAUCGGUGGCCUCAUACUGCCGGUUCCGGGCGACAUCAGACGAUACCCGCCAGACCAUAUCAACGCAGUGCUGACGCACACCGUCCAUUUCGUCACCCUCCUUGCGUUCUAUCUCGGCAUCAAGCUUCCAUUCGAGGUCGUGUGGAGCAGAUCUAGCACUCCGCCUUCCUCUUCAAGUAAAGGCACUGGUUUACUAGGUGUCGGGACUCCAUGGAUUGGCGCUAUCAAAGCUGGCGAAAGCGGAGGCUGGGCACGAUACUCCUCGAAAUACGCGUUGCACGUUUCAGCCUCAUCACAGCCCAAUGGAGGCGCAUCUUCCUCGCCCUCACGUCCCUCCGUCCACUCGCGAUCCGCCAGCACCUCUGCCGUACCUGGCGCGACUUCGCUACUGACCCGCUCACGUUCCAGCACGCUCGCGUCGUCGAUGGCGGACUCGCAGCUCGAGGAGCCACCUAGCACGACGUCGUCGCACGGAAGCUCAUUCACGACUGCACUCGCGAUGCUACUGUACAACGUGUGCUACCUCGCGCACACGCAGGUAGUGGAGAUCCCCCUCGCGCAGGCUGGAGAGGUGCUCGGGAAUCUGUGGGCGGUAUGCUGCAGUCCAGAGCUUGGCAAGAAGUCUCAUGCAACUCGCCCGUUGCUCCCUCCGCCCACGCCACCUAGCUUUCCCCUAGACUUUGCGCAAUUGCUGCAGGCUACCGCGGCGAAUCCUUCCCGGCCGCGUGCGCGUGGGAUGGGAGGGAGAGAGCAUCGAGAUGUGGAGCAGAUCAUCGAGGAAGAUGAGGAAGGAUGGGAUCUUGUAGACGCCAGCCUUGAAUAG